CCACUGGUGUCCCCGUCGUGCUCACCUGCAGCUGCUGCGGGGCGCAGGGAGCUCCUCACAGAGCUUAGGAACGGGCAGGACAUGGACACAGUGGUCUUUGAAGACGUGGUUGUGGAAUUCACUCUGGAUGAGUGGGCUUUGCUGAGUCCUGCUCAGAGGAAACUCUACAGAGACGUGAUGCUGGAAACCUUCCAGAACCUGGCCUCAGUAGGUAAUGAGACGCAACGUAAAGCCAAUGGCUCCAUUGCACAGCAGGAUAAUUUUGGAGAAAAAUUAUCCAUUCAACAGAAAAUAGAAAAGUUCAUAAGAAAUAAUACAUGGGCCUCCCUUUUAGGAAAAAAACGGGAAGAACGUAGUGUUAAAGAGAAGCAUACCACCAAGAAGAGACGCUUGAGGAAUCCAAGGGUAGAGAGACCACGUAAAAGUGGUAAAGGUAGGAAGUGUGGAGGAAGCUUCAGAAGGACUCAAAAUUGUCGUAAUCUGCGCGAGGGUCAUCGGACUGGUGUGAAACGGUAUGAAUGCGGUCAGUGUGGAGGCGUCUUCACCCACUCUUCAUCCCUGAUGAGGCACAGAAGAGCUCACUCUGGACAGAAGUUAUAUAAAUGCAAGGAAUGUGGGAAAGCCUUCAGUCGCCCUUCAUACCUACAGACUCACGAGAAAACUCACAGUGGCGAGAAACCCUACACGUGUCCAUCCUGUGGGAAGGCGUUUCUCCGUUCCCACUCCCUCACUGAACACAUCAGGACUCACACCGGAGAGAAACCCUAUGACUGCAGGCAGUGUGGGAAAGCCUUCAGUUGCCCCAAAUCCUUCCGAGCGCACGUGAUGAUGCACGCGGGAGGGAAACCCUAUGAGUGCCAGCACUGUGGGAAAGCCUUCAGGUGCCAGAAAUCCUUCCGCGUCCACGUGGUUGUGCACACCGGAGGGAAACCGUAUGAGUGCAAGCAGUGCGGCAAAGCCUACUGCUGGGUGACGUCCUUUCAACGCCACGUGCGGAUUCACAACGGAGAGAAACCCUACACGUGCGAAAAAUGUGGGAAGGCAUUUGGAUGGCCCUCGUCCUUACACAAGCAUGCGAGAAUCCAUGCUGCAAAGAAACCUGUCAGUGGAGGCAGCGUAGGAAAGCCUCCCGCCAGGCCUCCCCGCUCCACCAAUCUCGGACCGCAAAGGAGAGAGAAAGUCCAUAAAUGUGAAACAUGUGGGAAGACGUAUGGUUGGUCCUCAUCUUUACACAAGCACGAGAGAAAGCACGCUGGAGAGAAGGCUGUCAAUGCAGGCAGUGUGGAAAAGCCUUCUGUAGGGAUUCCCUCCUCCAAAAAUUGAGAGGUUGAUCGCCACCGGCGGGGGUCUGCCCUGGAAACCCUGACUCCACGACAGAUGAAUGACAUCCACUCACAAGGGUAUGGUGAUGAAGUGGGCCAGGACUGCUUGAGACAAGAAGGCCCAGGCUGCAAUGAGCUACUAUCUUGCCGCUGUACUCCAGCCU